CUGCAAUCACCGCAUGCUCUUCUUCAUCAUUCUUACAGCCCAGACGUUGGAAGAUGCCCAAAAGGUGGUUCACGUUCUUCUUCGAUUCUCGUCUACGUUGCGUUUCUUUGAUUUUGUGUUCGAAGUUGAUGCAUUGCAGAUCUAUUCUCGCGUACCCGAGAAAGUGCUCUGCUCCGAUCAUGACGAUGUCGAAACUGCUGUGCGCGAUGAAGCGGCGCUCAUAUCAGGAUGCGGCCCUCAUAUUUGAAAAUUAUCGCAAGUUUCUCUCAAAGAGCUUGAGUCGGGCGCUCUGCCCCUCGUUAGCCGUACUUUUCAAAAAGCAGUUUCUCGGUUUGCAGCUGGCGCUUAGAGGGGCUGCUGCGCCCACCGCCUGACUUGGAAACAGCCAUUAUUAAACCAAGCAUCCCUUCCUCUGCCAUCUUAUCGUUGAUAUAUUCAUCUUUACCACAGUUAUUAUCACCAUGGACGGACGUUCACCGUGGAUCAUAGUGUCACGCAAGCAUGGCCCAGCCCUUCGGAUCAACGAGAGCAUUUACUCCUCAUUCCAGAGCUCCCACAUCCGUUCUGAGGACGCAUUAUGGCCAUCCCUUAUAACUUUGAUCGGGCGCAGUGAGAAAUCGAAGGUUCUGCGAGAACUUCUAGGUGGUGGAACUGACUACCAGAUUGUUGGGCAUGGAGACGUACAUCUCUUCCGGGACGAGCACGAGAAAGACUCAAAAAAUCUCAACUUAUGGGCCGACUGCGAAUUGUUCUCAUACACAUCCUCCCAGUGGGACGUUGCAGCGCCUCAGAGAGGGCCCAACGCCUUUCGCACCGCGCGGUGUACUGCCCCGGGCAAAGGCAUACGUGACUUUGCGUCGCAAGUCACCGCUCGCCUUCUUGCGCCUUUCUCCAACGUCUUGUGUAUCUUUGCCGCGGAUUUUCACGGUAUCCGAGCUUCAGGCCAUAUUAUAGCUGACCUUAUACGUGCGCAUGGCGAACACGAUCUUGCAUCGAAACCUCAUGUCGUAGUUGUUCUGAAUGUUUUACCCAGUGCCAUGGACGUUACCGAUUUGACCCGUAAGCUCCGUGGUUUUGUCAAAAGCUCACUGGCAGACAGCGCCCCGGGAGGGCAAGUAAGUGAUACAGACAUUGAUCAACACUGGCGCAGCCUCAGCGUACUGCCUGUCAAUUCCAAGACGAAUGUCAUAGGACGAGCGGAAGUGAUUGGAGAGCGACUGAGAGUGCUGAAUAAGGAUGCCCAGGCUUCACGCUAUCUUUGCCAUGAAAUGCUAAACUAUUCGCACUUCCAAGCGCUCUUCGGGUCUGCAGCAGAGCAUCUGUGCGAGGAUAGAAGCUCGCCUUUCUCGUUCCUCGCCCACUCUCGCUCGCAUGGGUUCACGACAAGCCAGCUGGCAUCUCACGCUCAAACGCUUCUCAGCCUCAUGCCCUCUGAAGCCUGGCUCUGGCAACUUGCUUGCCCGCUAUUGGCAUCAGCGUUGUUGCUCGCUAGUUACCCACCCGGGUCUCACAAAUUUUCGCCACAGAAAGUAUUUAAACAGCUCUACGAGGCGCCCCUGCAGGAAGCUAUACGAGGAUAUUCGCCCCACGUGGUAGUGCACGAUAAAUUUUUGCGCGAAAUCGAAGCUGAAAUGACGUCUCUAUUUCACACGUUGCCAAAGAAUGCUAACAGUGCAGCCAAGAUCCAUAGCUCUCGCCUAGCUAGUUUGCAAGGCCUGUUGAAGAACUUGAAGCCUCAGAAUUUAUGCCUGUGUUGUUCAAUGAGAAAACCGGAGAAAGUCCUUGAAUGCUUUCAUGCAUAUUGCGACACGUGUAUUCAAACGUUCGGUCUCUGUACCAACCACGAUACUAAUACUUACCAACUUCCUCGAUGUCUGUUAUGUGAGAAUGCUCGGAGUACGUCUUUUAGGUUUAUCCCUCCAACUGCUGGUGUCCGUGUUCUGGGCCUUGACGGUGGUGGAGUCCGUGGCAUCAUCCCGCUGACCAUCCUUCGAGGCCUCGAAGCCGACCUUGCCUACCUAGGGUGCCCGCUCCAGGAUCAUUUUGAUUUCGUUGCGGGUACCUCUUCCGGCGGUUUGGCUGCCAUUGGUAUGUUUUUGAUGCAGUGGUCGGCCUCUUCGUGUCUUGAAAAGUUUUAUGCCCUGGCGCAUGAAACCUUUGGUAAGGGCAAAAACGGCCCUCUUAUUAUCAGCCGCCUGCAAUCGCUGUUUGUGGCAUAUAUUAAUGACUACCAGUACAAGUCCCUUGCCAUCGAAGCUGCGUUUCAGUCUGCAUUUGGCCCGCCACCGAAAAUGUUUAAUCCCCUCAGCACAGACACCAAGGUGGCCGUCAUCGCUGCGCCCGUGAGAGGCAAAACAACAUCUGUCCUCUGUAACUACAAUGGCGAGGAGCGACCAGACGACAUUGGAUACAACGUACUCCGCUCUUGCCAGCGGGAACAUGACGUUACUAUUGAUGAAGCGGCUCGCUGUACCACAGCUGCUCCAGGAUUCUUCAAGCCGCAGCUCUUAAAGCACUUUGGCACAUUCCAGGACGGGGCUCUCCAUCAUAACAAUCCCACGAAGAUCGCUUUAUGGGAGCAGCAAUACAUUUGGCCAGAGAAAACAGGAUUGCAGCCCGAUUUCGUCCUUUCGAUCGGCACUGGCUGUGCCGCGAAGCAAGAUGUCAUCAAAACGGGGCCAUUCUCGCCCGCGAAGGACAGAUUUCUCUCUCGUAUCUUUGAGGCCUUUAACUGGAAUAUCGAUGCCGAGCGUGCAUGGAGAGACAUUAUAAACUUUACACCCUCGUCGUUCCACUCGCGCUACCACCGGAUCAAUCUUGCUAUGGAGACAGAGGAGCCUCGUAUUGACGACAUUGCUACCAUCGAUGCCUUGAAGGAACAAACUGAAAAGGAAAUCCUCGGAGGUCCAGAGAUAUCUUCCUUUAAAGAGAAUCUCAUUGCAGCUAUGUUUUAUUUUCGGCUCACUGAGGUAGCUGUAGAUAACGACUGCUACAACUGCCGGGGUUACAUUGCUUGCAGAAUGGAAUUUUCCAAGGCAGGAAGGCAAGCGCUCCAUCGAGCUAUCUUCGAUGCAGGUAGUUACUUCUUGGUCAACGGUACACCCGUGCCCUGCCUGAAGUCGAAGCCCGUGAACAAACCUUUCCGACGCAGCAUCUCGUUUUCGGUCGACGAUCUCGACGAUAACCUGUACAUUUCUCUCCAUCGGUUGGGUGUAAGUACUUCACAGCUCAGCGGCCUUCCUAGAUCAGUUAGAAGUCUUGCAGAAGCACAGGGUCUAUUUGCAAAGUUCGGGAGGUCAGAUCAUCGCAUUACGCAUAGUAGGAUGUCUCGUCUUCCGCAGAAAAGGUCCUUUAGGAAGUUUGAGUAGAGUUGUGGUGACAAUGAAGGCGUGAUUCCAAUUUAGUAGUUACCUCCCUCCUUAGGUUGUGGGACGCCCCCUGCAACGGCAUAAAACAUAGGUACUUAGACUUCGCAGCAAUUUAUAUUCUAAU